AUGCAUUUUCAGACCUCCCUUCUUGCCAGUACCCUCUUUGCUGCCCUAGCUGUCUCGCAGUACUUCGAGGUCAUCGCCCCAGACGAUUAUUGUUACCUCCAAGCAGGCACCUCUGACCCCGACGACACAGUCUAUGGCUGCCACGGCACCACUGGGCCUAUCGCUAACAAUAAUGGUGGCGAUUGCUCAGACCUAUUAACUGGUGACCUCGGAACAAAUUCGUAUAGCCUUUGUGGCACGCUGCCAAACGGAGAUCACGCUGCGCAAUUUAAUAUUUGGGAUACGUACGUCGAAUUUGCGGACAAUGGAUUUCCGGCUCCCAUGUUAGAGUGUGAUAUGGGAACCUUGGCUUCCGGCGCGAAUUGCAUCGGUCAAGCUGAAAAUAUGACAUACCGGACCAAGUAG